GGAAAACAUUGCUGCUGCCACUGGGGUUCUCUGAAAAUCCACACGACAGACAGAACCUUUAACACUUACAGCGUUGCUCAGACAGACGAACUUCCUCCAACAUACUGUGGACAAACAACCUCCACUAUGCUGAUAAUGGACCCUGUAAAACACCAUGUGGACUCCCUCAUCUUGCUGCAAAGCCCCAGAUCUGACAUGUGAGAUCCAGACGAAAUGUUGGAAGGUCAAUGGUCUGAGGCUUUGGCUGCUAACAACAUCAGAACCAUCCUCGACUGGCCGAAGAACCUGACUAUUAAAGGUGAUGCUGGUUUGGAGGAACAUCUACAAACCUUUGGCUGCUGGUUACAGAGGACAUCAGAAUUCAAUAAAAAAGAGUUUUUAACUUUGUGCUACAGUCACUGCCAGGGCUUGUGGAUGUUCCUGGAUCAGAGCUCCUUCAUUAAACUACACCUAUUGCUUUGGAGGUUACAGAACCUGUUGACCUUGGUCCAGUGGUCAAGAAAGCAGCUAGAUGUGGGGGUUCCAUGUAUGAUCUGCAGGGGGACACAGCAUUCAUCAGCUGGCAGACACAACUGUUGGAACCAAGAGCACUGGACUAUGAAGCAACACAUCAGGCUGGGUCAGCUGGUUCAGUGGUGGGGCAUCAUGGGGCUCCUACCAAGGUUCCCUGAAUCCCAAGAACUGAGGCGUAUCUCUCAGAUGUGGAAGGAAAUGGAGCUCAGCCAUCAGGAAAUUAAUCUUAAAGCAGCUGGGUGGAAUAAGAGAGAGAUUGAAAUAUGUGGCUUUUUGAUAGAGAGUAUGGUGACACAGCUGUGCAAUAGAUAUGGGUGUAUAUGGACUUCUGAAGAUUGCACAGAUCAGCUCUACCCUCCCCCUACUCUGCAGGCACUUCUGAUGCUUGUCCUGGUUCCUUGUAUUGACAACAUGUCGGUGCAGGGUAUACUAAUGUACUUCAUCUUGGAUGUGGCAAACUUCCUACAGUACAAAGACAACCUUCUGCAGCCUUUUUGCCAUGCAUUCACAGUUCCUUACAGCUUUUCCCAACAAAUCAAAGCCUUCUGGAUGUUUGACCGUGGGCGCAUUAAGGCCUCCACGGAGCUCUUAUUGAGUUCCAGAGCCGCUGUCCCUCAGCUUUCCUGGCAGCAUCGAUAUAUUAUCAUCUCUCUGCUGAAAAGGAAGCAGUACUACAUGGCAAUGAAGUAUCUCCAGUGGGCAAAACCACCCAUAGAGGCUAUUGAAGAUGGAAAGCUUUGUGCGGAAGUGCUUCUGCAAAGCAGGUGCACUCUGGCUUCUUCACUUAUUGAAUAAUGACUUAGAUGUUUGCUUGGCUGUUAGGUCAAUCUCUGUUUCCAUCUCCCACUUAUGUGUCUGAUGCUUGGGCCUUGUUGAGGAAAAGCCACACAGAAAGUGAGGACAUGGUCACACACUUCCUCCAGGCUUGUCAGGGCGUCAAUCUGGGUGCUGAGGCUGUAAAAUACAUUCCAGAAGGAUGCAAUAGGAGAGAAGACUGCAGAGGAGUUGAAGUCACCAUCUUCCAGCUAAAGAAUAAAGGUUAUUUUAGUGAAAUGGCACCCUGCCCACUGUCUGCCACACUGUAUCAGAAUCAGACAGAGAGAACGAUGUGUUCAGAGGAACUGGACAAACUGGUCAAAAGAGCUGUGACAGAAGUGAGAAAACCACAUCCCAGCAUAAGAAUCAAUGUGAGGCACAGGAGGACAUUCUGUCUUCUGAGAAUCAGAGCUCUUUGUGUGGCUCUUCUUUCUCCUUGGCCUCAUCAGCACCUUUGUUGAAACAUUCUCACGUGUUUGAGAGCACAAUAACACUGCAGAAGAUUUCAGCUUUUCUUACUGAUCAAGAGAUCCGAAGCAAAGGAGAUGAUGAAGAAGAUUAGGACAAAUUCACCUCAGUGGCUGAUUUUUUGCCACAUUGCCCUGAGCUAAAACUGACAUCAGAUGGCGCCACAGAACCACUUUCCCUCAAUGGCUUGAACAGCAAAGGUUCAAAGUCCAAAGAUGUAGUAAUAUCUCGUGUUUUGCAAGGUGGAAAAGAAGAAAAGGAAUACACACCAGGAGAGAAACUCGCUCCUGCAACUAUCAAAACGUUCUCCUCAGUUUCCGUGAAGAGAGAGGACCAGUCAGACAGUUGUCUGGUGAUUUCAGGAGAUCAGGAAGGACAUGAGCACCACCAGCAAAAAGAAACUUUGUGGUUUGGUAUUUGGGUUCUCCAGUACCCCAUCACAUCCACCCAGGAUCUGGUGACUGACCCUGACCAACGCUUUGUUUCAGAGGACAACACACUUACUGGCUCACCAACAAUGUAUAACCCAGCCUCUUCCUAUGUAUUCGGUCCCUCAUACGCCUACAGUCUGGGCAACUUCAUUGAUAUCUCUGCAAGGCAACACAUGACAAACAGGUAGUUGUCCUGGUAGAAGGUGAACCCCUUUCUCAACUACUCUUACUUGUCGUCUUCCGCUUAUCCGGGACCGGGUAGCAGGGACUUUCUCAACUAGAACAAGAGAAAUUACCACCAGGCAGAAGGAGAAGAGCCUGUGGGUUGGAGAGGGAAGGCUCCACAACAAGGACCCACGAGGAGCAGAAGAACACAGUCCAGGAAAGGCAAACGAGUGAAGAGAACUUGAGGAAAAAUUGUGCAAGAUAAAGACAGUCUUUUGAGGAUAUGCAGUUCUUGUUUUAGAUCUCAUGAAAUCACACUUCCUAACACUCCCCCGCCCACUAAACAUUGGCCUGACCAGCAACAUGCAGUCGUUGCAUACAUUCUUAAAUGUUUCCCUAACUGAGCUCCAUCUGUAAGUGUUACAAACAUUUUUAUAGUUCUUUUUACCAUCGCAUGUUCAACACAAAAAGGAUGCAUGCUGCUCCAGGUAAAACACAAAUAGAUCCCCUGAUGUUAUCCUUUGAAGUGAUUCCUCUCUUUAGAUUAUUUGCUGGCUUCCUCCGUGCUUGGAAAAAGGGAUGUUUGCAUUGCUGUCAUGGUAUCUCAUGAAAAAUGGAUGACCUGCCAAUGCUUUCUUCUGCCCAUCCCUCUCUAUAUUUACCCAGAGUCCAGGGAAUGCAUUUGGGUUAGCAUCCCCCCACUUAUCCCUCUCUUGUUCGAGUGGGUGAAUAACUUAACACAUAUUUCAGGUUGACACACUUCUCCUGCGGGUCUCCCCUGGGUGCCCAGUUCACGAGCCCACACAUGCUGUAUUAUUUAAAAAUGGGCUUUGGAGUUCUGCUCAUGUUAGACCGUAUUUAUCUUUAUUAUAUUUAUUAAUUCCUAUAUAAAAAUUACAGAUUAUGAUCAUUGGUCGAAAGAAAAUAACUUUAAAUGGCAUCCUGCUGGUACAUAUUAUUUAUUGGAGUCAUAAAGCUAUAUUUCCUUAUAGUUGUCUUGUUCAUGACAUAAUCCAAAGUUCUGUGUAAGCCCCUGAACUAAUUUGCUUAGAAAUAUUGAUUUCCUGUGAUCUAACCAAUCAGAAUCGAACUUGGUAAUGUGACAGCCAAUAAAGAGUGGAUUCUGUUUUUACUAAAAGCCCUGCUUUAUGCCUCUUCGUUAAAAAAAAAAAAAUUAAACAUCACUUUAACCCUAAAAACUACCUUAUUACUGACGUUUUCACAUUCCAUCAUUUCCAACAUAUAAUCAUCACACUGAAUAAAAGCCAAGUUUGCGUCUAAAGUUUCACACAUUAACAACAGUCAGUCAUUCAUUUUCUACCACUUAUUCCAUGGGGGAGCUGGUGCCUAUCUCCAGCAGUCUAUGGGCAAGAGGUGGGGUACACCCUGGACAAGUUGCCAGUCCAUCACAGGGCAACAC